AUGAAAACCGCUACCAAACCAGUGAUCAUCCGAGAAGUAUGGAACCACAAUCUCCUUCAAGAAUUUCAAUUGAUAAACCAAGCCCUCCUUCACUACCCGUAUGCCUCCGUGGACACAGAAUUUCCUGGCACCAUUCUUCAUCCCCAUCCCCAGAUGAACAGAAAUCUACCUUCUCAUAUCGUAUCGAACCAGAAUUAUUAUUUUCUGAAAUUGAAUGUCGAUUAUCUCAAACUAAUCCAAUUGGGGCUAACUCUGUCAGACGCUGAAGGAAAUCUUCCCGAUUUAGGAACGAAAUCUGCAUACAUAUGGGAAUUUAACUUUCGUGAUUUCAACAUUCAUGUUGACGAUCACAAUCCGGACUCCAUUCAGCUGCUGAUGCGACAAGGAAUAGAUUUCUGGAAGAACCAGCAAAUGGGCAUUGAUGGCAGGGAGUUUGCUAUGCUGCUGAGUUGCUCCGGUCUGGUUUUCAAGAGGUCUCCAAUGACAUGGGUUACCUUUCACAGUGCAUAUGACUUUGGGUUUUUGAUCAAGUUGUUGCUUGGGGGAAGAGAAUUGCCUAAUGAUCUAAGUCAGUUUAUUGGAUUGGUGGGGUUUUAUUUCGGAAUGACGGUUUAUGAUAUAAAAUACAUGAUCAAAGACUGCAAUGGACUCUAUGGAGGUCUGGAACGAGUUGCAAAGUCUCUAGGUGUUCAUCGUGUGGCCGGGAAGAGCCACCAGGCUGGUUCUGACAGUUUGCUGACCAUGCAAACAUUCAUCAAGCUUAGAGAAGUCUAUUUCAAUCAGAAGCUGGAAGCCAAUAACAAGUUUGAAUUGGUGCUGUAUGGGUUAGAAGUCAAUUAAUUGUUGGUUUAAUCUUUUUUCAUCUAUGGUACAGUUGUAUCUCUUGUAGUAAUCUGUAAUUUCCAAUUAAAGUUUAGAAAUUGAAAAUACUCAUUCUCAGAUACCAAUCUCUUUCAGUUCUUUAUAUGAGUUAUAUGACAAAA